GCCCGUGCCGGAGCCUCGCCACGGUCCUGCCGCGCAUCCUUCCCUUCUCCAUUCCCCCGGGAUGGGCGUGCGGAGCGGCGGGCGGCAGCGGGAGCAGCGGGCAGCGCCGCGGCGGCGGCGGCACAUGGCGGGCGGCCGCUGAGGGGAGGCGCGUCCCUUCCCUCAGGUGUGGGGCUCCCGCUCGCCGGCAGCGGGGCUGGGGACGGUGCCGGCGGCCUGGGAAGGGGCAGCAGUGAGGGGCCGAGCCCCGGUUCAGAGCAUGGCAGAGACUUUGAGCCCCUGCUCCCCACGGGGCCAGUGCCAGCCCGGCAUGGGCGCCAACACUUCGUCCGCCAACAUGGACACCAACGCCUCCUCCUCGGUGGUGGGUGGCAGCGCCUGGAGGGGCCGGGAGYCUUUCUCCAUCUUCACCGUCCUCAUCCUGACCCUGCUCGCCCUCCUGACCGUGGCCACCUUCCUCUGGAACUUGCUUGUGCUGGCUACCAUCCUUCGGGUGAAGGCCUUCCACCGGGUGCCCCACAACCUGGUGGCCUCCACGGCGGUGUCGGACGUGCUGGUGGCGGCGCUGGUGAUGCCGCUGAGCCUGGUGAAGGAGCUGUCGGCCGGGCGGCGGUGGCGGCUGGGCCGGGAGCUGUGCCUCGUGUGGGUGUGCUUCGACGUGCUGUGCUGCACGGCCAGCAUCUGGAACGUGACGGCCAUCGCCCUGGACCGCUACUGGUCCAUCACCCGGCACCUGCAGUACACGCUGCUCGCCCGCCGCCGCAUCUCCAAUGUCAUGAUCGCUCUCACCUGGCUGCUGUCCGCCGCCAUCUCCCUCGCCCCGCUGCUGGGCUGGGGGGAGACAUACAGCCCCGAGCAGGAGCGCUGCCAGGUCAGCCAGGACCCGUCCUACACCAUCGUCUCCACGGGCGGGGCAUUCUACCUGCCCCUCUGCGUGGUGCUCUUCGUCUACUGGAAGAUCUACAAAGCGUCCAAGUUCCACAUGGGAGUCCGCAGGAGGAACGCCGUGGUGCCCCUGCCCGAGGCUGCCCAGGUGAAGGAAGCUUCACAAGAACCACAGAUGGUGUUUACAGCUCGUCGUGCAGCUAUCACUUUCCAGACAGAUGGAGAAACAUGGAAGGAGCAGAAAGAGAAAAAGGCAGCUCUGAUGGUUGGCAUCUUAAUUGGAGUUUUUGUGCUGUGCUGGAUCCCUUUCUUCAUCACAGAAUUAAUAAGUCCCCUCUGUUCCUGCAAYAUCCCACCCGUCUGGAAAAGCAUCUUUCUUUGGCUUGGCUACUCAAAUUCUUUCUUUAAUCCUCUUAUUUAUACAGCAUUUAACAAAAAUUACAACAAUGCCUUCAAGAACCUUUUUGUAAAGCAGAGAUAAAAGGAGACACAGAGAAGAAAAUKAUUCCUCUAUUGCAUAAUAGAGAGAUUUCUUGAGGGAAACAUGCCUGUGAUAUGUACUGUUUUCAUGCACUAGAGCUACUUGAGGGGAUUUAGGAGCAAUGAAAAAGAAGAUAGAAGAUGUCUGGAUAUAAACCUACUGAGAGUUUACAGUUCCCCCUUAGAAAUGCAUAUGUGCUACUCCAGGCUUUGGCAAAGAAGAUGGAAGCAGGGAAUGCCUCCUGUCUGCUCUCCAACACAUGCUGAGGUCUGCCAGCAAAGCACUGUAUGUGUCCAGAGCUGUGGCUGUCACACCCAACACRGCUGAUCCCACCCAACCAGCCACAGGCCGUGCUGGAGCUCUCCUCAUUAGCAAAGGCAUCAGUGGGAGAUGCAAAUUGAGCAAUACUGACAUGUUUGUUAUAKGGGCAGGAUGCUGGCUUCGAUUUUGAGAUUUAUUUGGAAGGGAAUAAACAUGCUGCUGUCAAUCAGUACUUGAGUUGAUAUGAUAUUGAAGUGGAUGACAAGCAGCUCAGAAACACGCCCUGACAGGAUUGAGGGGCUGGGUGCUCUAGAAAGCAGCAGUGCUGAUGGGCAGGCUGGGUGUCCYCUGGGAUUUUGGAGGCAAGUAUAAAAUUAUUCAGAGCCUCCGAGAAUGUGUUUCACUGCUUGCACAGGAGCAUGUAACAAGGAUUUUUUUACCUCUAUUAUCCUCUCACUCUGCCAGGCUCAGGCUCUCACUGUUCUAUGAAACCCAGCUGAGCUCAAGAUAGACACCAACACCUCCAAGUGGACAGGGACUGUGUGCAUGGUUAUUUCAUGCUACCUUAAAACUGAGCAGGCAUCUGUGUUACAAACACCAAAUGUGAUGUUCAGUCACCCGGUGAGCUGGCAGCAACAUGUGGCUGCUUGGCAAUGGGAGGUGAGUGCCUGCAACGUGUUUGGGGCCCCUGCAUCAUAAAGGUGCUCAUCACCCAACCUGAGUGMAGUCCACAGUUUGUCAGCUUGCAUCAACUUCCUCCUGCUGUAAAAAAGGUGUUGAUGCCAUCAGGCCUGGCUCCCAAAACCCAAGAUUUAAAUUGUUUUCCCAAGAUCUGACAAAUACCCCUGACCCAACAAUAUGUACAUAAAUAAAUAAUGUAUUUCCCUGCAUACUGCCAAGUCCAUCUCGCUCCAUAUUUGUUUCCCUGGUGGGUUUUACUUCCUCCCCUGCCAUGAGAGGGAGAGCUGGCAGCAUCUCUGCGUGACAGCUUUUUAUUUUCACAGAGUCCCAUGGGGCUUAAGGGAGCUUGGCUGCAUCUUGGGACYGCAGCGUGUGGUGAGGUCAGACACUGUUGUACCUCACACCUGCAGUGCUGUGACAGUCCAGUGUGACCUGCUGUGCCCACAGCCACCUGUGUGUCUUGCAUUUCUGCAGAGGCUGCUCCUUUCAAUUUCAGUGGGAAUUCAGAAGUUUUAAUAACCUAGAAUUUCAAAGAGUUGUUAGAUAGUGACUCAGACUUAAAUGCCAAUUUAAAUAACUUUCCCUUGUGACUCUCAACUUGCCUGCAUAUGGAAUAGCUAUCAUUCAAACCAGUGUUUGGAGAAUUAAUUAAACCAGAAGGAAGACACAUAUGUAAGAAUCUGAUUGUUACUAAAACCUGCAGCCUCAUUCAGAACCACUGACAAAUUUUUCAAGUCAAUUGAAUUUUUCCUUGUAAGAGUCGCUGUCUCUAAACCUUUAAAAUCCAAGCAGGAUGACAUGGAGGGAGGAAACAAAGAGGYCUUCUUGAGCUGGUAUUGAAAAGCMURCGAAUCUUCUCCAUGUGGCACUCCUGAAGUUUCUAAUAAUCACAUUCUGGCCAAAUUUUAAUGCCUGAACCCCCUUUGCCUGGUAAGGCAAGCCACUGCUAUCACACAAAUCUAAUGCCAAUCCUUGUGCACCAGGCUCAUCGCAGUCUGGCUGCAGGAGCAGCAGUGAUGCUCCAGCUGCACAUUCCAGCUGACUGCAGCAGCACCCAGCUCUGGUUCCCUGCAGAGACACAGGCUGUGGAGGCACCUUUUACCAUGGCUUGGCAUCUGGAAUUGGGAGAACACCACAGAGCUGCAAGGCCACACAUGCAGGGCUCUGCUGCAGACACUGACCUGURGCAGGGUGCCUUCAGCUCACAGGGGAGCUGCAGCACAGUGCUGACGCAGCUCUCCUCCUCCUCAGGGAUGAAUUUAGCUCCCUUAGGAGGCGAGSCUGCGCCUCUGUAAUUUUGCUGUGAGAAGUUCUGAACAUAAGCAGCCAGUGCUCUGCCCACCCAAGCAUCUGUGACAGCAGUGUUACAGUGACACAGCCGGGCUUCAUACGCACCCAGAGGCGACGAGAAGCAGAGCUUUCAUUUCAUUACGGUGGCUUUAGAAAGCUCUUAACAAAAUCAACUUCCCACACUGGCUCUAAAUGCAGACUGCAUUUAGAAGACUGGCUGUACAUAUUCAGGAUUUAGAAUUCUGUUUUUCAAUCACAUGGAAUUUAGCUUACUGUGGGGCAAAGAAAAUAUGUUUUCUGUGGUUAUUGCCUAACCUGCUGGAUGCUCCCAUAUGAGCUAAGAUAAACUAAGAAAAAUGACACAGUAUCUUGACUGUCCAAAUAGGAAAAAAAAAAAAACCCCGCAGAUAAAAAGUAGGUAUUCUAAAGGAACAUCAUUUGGCAGAACUUAGACAUUAUGGUCAUUUAUUUCCCCAGCAGAAGCUGCCAAUUUGGAGUACACCAGUCAUUUCUGCUUGUGCACAGUGGACUGCUAGAUUUAAACUUUUUUUCCUGACUCUGAAUCUGCUCCUAGAAAAGUGUACUGGAGCCUGUUGCUCAGCAGAAGAGCAUUGCUGCAUCCUGCAGCAAGGCUCUGAGAAUCCUGCAGCAGCCGUGGAAGAUGAGUGUGAACAGAGAAUGCGAAUAACCCUGCAUGCUCCUGUCUCCAGGAGACACAUUCCUGCUACAGCCUCCACACUGGAAGCUGCUCUGUAAUUCACUUUUGUCCCCAGGAGGUGCUGAUCUUCCAGCCUAACUCCAGCCAGCCUCUACCAACAAGCUGAAUUCUCAACAGCUGCAGCUGUGACUGUACAGACACAACCUACACACUAAGGUCAUGCUUCAAGAAGCAGAUUUUUUUCAUUAAAUGGAGCAAGGCAAUAACCCUUAUAGAAACUACAGCUCACAUUUUAACUUUCCUUCAAAGACUUUAUUUUAUUCACAUCAGUGGURACCUGGUGCAGGACUCUGUUGUGAUAUACUGUAACAAGAAGAAUGUCGGGAUUUGGUCAUGCUUGGAUUAAGUGCAUGUCACUGAUUUCCCUCUUAAGAGAUGUUUUACAAGUGCACUUGUGGAACUGCCUUUACAGAAAGCUGUCACAAUCUAAAAGGUAAGUGUAUGCCUGAAGUUCAGAGACUGUUUCUGAAACAAAAGGCAGACUGACUUUACAGCAGUUWAUUCAUCAGCAUGUCAAAGUAAUUAAAUUUAUUGAAAUGCAAAUUAAAGCUCUGAACAGGCUYUAGCAAAUAAAAUAAAUUAAGUUUUGUUGCAAGUCCUGUAAAUGUUGCUUUACAAGCCUGGUAACACUAAAUGAAUUCAGGGCAAGAUCUUUUUCUUUCAACAAAGAAAUCCAGCAAUACUGAAGUAAUAUUCUGAGAAAGUCUCUCAAGUUCUCCCCUUCCAACCAUCUGAGAUGGAGAAUUAAGACAGGUUCUUGCUCUUGGCCCCUCCCCAGGUAUGAGGAGAAAUGGUACCCAACACACAGAGCUUGUGGCAGAAAGCAAUGAACAGCUGACGGAACUGCUUUCACACUCUCACCAGCCUCCUUUCUUCUCCUUUUCACAUGAGUCUCAAAGCAAAGGUAGUGUCCUUCUACAGCCAUCAGUCAGUUAUUAUCUAAACUCUAAUUUAUUCUCCUUGAGGAACAAUUGCAUCUUCACAAACCUCAGAUUUUAUCUUAGUCAAAAUCACAAGCUCCUAGUCCAAGCAAUGGACAYAACCUUUUAUAUUCCUUGUGGAAGGUUCCAUGUUGCUGAGUUUGCAGCAGGUAGGCAUAAAGUUUAACAUUACACUGAACAAAUAAUCACUCAUUAUUCUACAUGCAAGUUGAUAACUUAUUCUACUCAGGAAAUUUUUCUUGAUGAUAAAGCARUUGUGAUGAAAAUGGUAAAGCCCAAAUUGUCCCUUCAGGUUAUUUUUUUUAGAAUUGCAUAGUACACAAACACAGCACAACUUGAAACCCCAAGCAGGUCUACUUGGUGCCAAAGUUGAAUUACUCAACUUACAAACUAGAAGGAGCAUUACAGUUUUAACAGAGGGCAAAGUUGGUAGGCAGAAAUAAAUAAUGCCUCCUAAUACCAAAGCUGACUACAGAAACUCAGCAAGUAGCACUCAAUGCAGGCUUCCUUCUUUGAAGGAAUGCUGAAUGUAAAUUCUUCCUUCUUUGAAGGGACUUGGAAUCUCAUUUUGCCUUCAUUAUUUCACUAAACCUGAGCAGAUUGACUUUUUCCAAGAGGAGCAGCCUGGGUCUAUUCCCUCACUGACCUGUGUGGGGGACCAAGGUAGCAGCUGGCUCAGUGGGAAACUUUGAUUUCUGUGCUGAAGGAAGAAGACAUCACAAAAACARUGUCCCAUUUGACUACAGACAUGAUUCGUCUUUUAAUGCACUCGUAAUUCAAGAGCCUGGGAAGCUUUUAAGGCAAGUUCCACCUUAAAAACACAAUAGCAAAAUAUCACUGGUUUCCAAACAUUCUUUAUUUUUAAUUCACUGCCAUAGAAAGAAACCAAACAGCACUGUCGUCAGUGUCAGUGGGAAAAAGGAACAUGGAUUUUCUUCUCCUGAAGAUGUCACGUAUAUUACGAAGUCAGUCCAAAAUCCUGGYGUUAAGUACAAAAAGCAACUGUUUGAAUUAUAAAAUGUUGUAUAUACAGAUAUAAAAAUGUUUCAGAAAGUGUCCCACAAAGUUUCUGAACUUCCAAGAGCAAAUCUUCAGCAGGGUAAGUAGGUUGUUGUCUUCAAAGGUGAGCAUCAGUUCAUUAGAGCAGAAUGUUUCAAUCUUUAUCUUCCUAUA